UUGGUUCUGGCGUGUGUGUGUGUUUGGGUUGUGUGCGGAUUCUUGCGUUUCUUGGGGUUGUCUUCUGCUGUUCCAUGGUGACGAUGGACGACAACGAGAGCUGUGGGAGCAGAGUCCACGAGGCGUCCUCCUCCCCCGCGAGGAACAGGCGGCAGCGGCAGAAGAUGGAGGUGUACGCCGAGAUUCUGCGGCGGCUCAAGGACUCGGGCCUCGAGGAGCCGCACAGGCCGGGCUUCGACGACGAGCUCUGGGCUCACUUCAAUCGCCUCCCCUCUCGAUAUGCCUUAGAUGUCAAUGUAGAGCGGGCGGAAGAUGUGCUUAUGCACCAAAGGUUGCUGCAUUUGGCUCACGAUCCGGCUAAUAGACCGGCCAUUGAAGUUCGCCUGGUACAGGUUCUUCCUGCAUCUGAGGCGCAUUCAAAUGAUUCCAUCCAUUCAGAUCGUUCCUCGAAUGAAGAAGCUACUACCGUUACUUCAGUUAAUCAUCCCAUUAGACAAAGCAUUCAUCCACCACCUGCCUUUGGUUCAUCACCAAAUCUUGAAGCUCUUGCACUUGAAGCUAGUAAAUCCCUUGCUAAAGAUGGCGAUAAUUCUGUUCAUGCUAAUGCACAGUACUCUCGGCCCAUGCAUGAAAUCACCUUAUCAACUGAUGACAAGCCAAAGCUUCUUAGUCAGCUGACAUCCUUACUUGCUGAUAUUGGGCUGAACAUCCAAGAAGCACAUGCCUUUUCCACAGUGGAUGGCUAUUCAUUAGAUGUCUUUGUAGUUGAUGGUUGGCCAUACGAGGAGACGGAGCAUCUAAGAGCUGCACUGGAAAAGGAAGUUUUUAAGAUUGAGAAACAUUCUUGGCCAGAACAUGGUUCUCCCAAAAUUGAGCUUCCGCAGACGGCCAUCAAAUUGGAACGUGAUCAUGUUUCUAUACCAAGCGAUGGAACUGAUGUUUGGGAACUGGAUCCAAGAUGUCUUAAGUUUGAAACCAAAAUUGCAUCUGGUUCAUAUGGUGACCUGUACAAAGGUACAUACUGCAGUCAGGAAGUGGCAAUCAAGGUUCUGAAGCCUGAACGUGUAAAUUCAGACAUGCAAAAAGAGUUUGCACAAGAAGUUUUUAUUCUGAGGAAAGUGCGGCACAAGAAUGUUGUUCAAUUUAUUGGUGCAUGCACAAAACCUCCGAGCUUGUACAUCGUGACAGAAUUUAUGUCUGGUGGAAGUGUAUAUGAUUAUCUUCAUAAGCAGAGAGGUGUUUUCAAGCUUCCUACCUUGUUGAAAGUAGCGAUUGAUGUCUCCAAGGGAAUGAAUUACUUGCAUCAAAAUAAUAUCAUUCAUCGGGAUUUGAAGGCUGCCAAUCUAUUGAUGGAUGAAAAUGAAGUUGUUAAGGUUGCUGAUUUUGGGGUUGCCAGGGUGAAAGCACAAUCUGGAGUCAUGACUGCAGAAACUGGAACAUACAGAUGGAUGGCUCCUGAGGUAAUAGAACACAAGCCAUAUGAUCAUAAAGCUGACGUAUUCAGCUUUGCAGUGGUGUUGUGGGAGUUACUAACAGGGAAGCUUCCACAUGAUCACUUAACCCCAUUGCAAGCGGCCGUUGGAGUGGUUCAGAAGGGCCUGCGGCCUACAAUUCCAAAAGACACCCAUCCAAAGCUUGUGGAGUUACUGGAGAGAUGCUGGGAGCAAGAUCCAGCUUCAAGGCCCGACUUCUCUGAAAUAAUAACCAUCUUACAGAAAAUUGCAAAGGAGGUUGGAGAUGAUGGAGAUGAACGGCGGAGGGAGAAAUCAGGGGGAUUCCUGUCCGUGCUCAGGCGAGGGCAUCAUUGAAGGGCGCAAGGGAGAUAGAAUUAUAUUACUCAUUGGCUUUGUACAGUAUGUGUCCACAUGAUAAGCUAUCUUUCCAUAAUCUCUUACAAAUUUUUUUCCUUUUCAAUUUUUGACUAGUUAAUCCACAAUGCAAUAUCCAUCCUAGCAUCGUCUGAGAAAGGAAGUGAUGUUGAAUCGAGUGGCUAUAGCAAAAGGAUUUUUUUUUUACUUUCUUGCGGCUGUACAAUAACAAAUUGAUGCGGUGGAAAAAACUCAUCCUUUUCUAUUCUAGUGGCAAAAUUAUCGGCAAA